AUGAAACAUGAAAUGAGGAAAAUUUUAAAGGAGACUGAUCCACAAAAAUUUAUACAGCUGAAAGAGAACUAUUUUAGGCAAUUAGAAGAAGAGGAGGAAACUAAUUUUCAGAAUUACCUGAAAAAGUACUAUUUCCAAAGUCAAGAGAGAAUAAUGAUGUGGGCACAUUGUUAUAGAAUCAAUGCCGGAAUUAAUACAAAUAUGGCAAUUGAAAGCUUAAAUAAAGUUCUGAAGUACAACAAAAUGAAUGGAAAGCAGAAUAUUCGGAUUCAAAAACUGUUGGAUUUACUGGAUGAACUUGUUGAUGAAAGAAUGUGGAAAAGGAUUAUAAACAUGGAAAGGCCAAAUGCAAAUAAUUAUCAGCACAAAAUAUGUCAGAGUGCACAUAAAAAAGCAGAAGAAAUGGUGGGUAAUAACGGUAAUGUAUCAUAUUCUGAAUUAGGACAUUUUAAGGUAAGGUCGUUUAGUGAUAAUCAUAAAUUGUAUUGUGUAAAUUAUAAUGAGGACUGUAGGGCAAUGUAUUGUGAGAAGUGUAAAAUAUGUAAACAUAAAUAUAAUUGUGAUUGUCCAGAAUAUACUGUUAAAAGUGUCAUGUGUAAGCAUAUACAUGCUGUAGCUUUAUUUGAGCAGAGGAGCGAAUAUGUUUCAGGUUUCAUGGAUGAAAUGCAAGAAGAUAAUAAUCUGUAUGUCAAUGAACCUUCAACAAGCAAGACAGAUUAUGAGGAUGAAGUAAAUCAUUUUCUUGCCGAGACUGAAAAUAGAUUGAAUGUGACAACUGAUUUUGAAAGAAAGCGUGAGAUUUGUCUAGAACAGUUUUGCUCUGAAAUUCGUAAUUAUGGUAGUGGAUUGGGUGAACAUGAUUUAGAAAAAUUUAUGGGUAAUUUUAGAAAUUUUAUGCAGACAGUAAAACAAAAAGAAAUGGUGAUGAGUAAAAAAAGAAAAAUAGAAAAGCAGCAGUAUUAUCUCAACAAAAAACCUAAAUAA